AUGGCAGCUGAGGUCUCCCAAGUGCCGAUCGAUGGUCAACUGGAUCUUACGUUCGAUGGUGGCGGCGAUACAACGACCAACCCCGAGUUUCGCUCCGCCAUGUCGGACGACAUCAUCCCUGGGACAGAGGGGGAUAAUAGUUUUUCUGUUGAGCCUACGGAAGAAUUGCCAGCCAGCUUGAACGAGAUAGACUGGGAAGAGCCAGCUGCCGCUGGCAGCGCGGUGUCGCUUGCAGUUGCGGACGCAGAUGGCACAGCUGAUAUCGACGCCCUCACACCAUCAUUUGACGUUAACAUGGGCGAACCCGAUCUUCAUGUUGAUUUGGGGAUCGCGGCCGCUCCCGGGGAUGGCAGCGCCCAGGAGAGUGCCGAUGCUGGAGAGGCGGAAUAUGACGAGAGUGGACAUGCCUCUCAUGCGCCGGAUAACGGAAUCAUUGAGGAUGAUGUGGAGCAUGAAAUCACAUACGACGAAGAUGAACCUGGAGAACACCUAGAAGCACAUACCGAGGUCGGGGAUAUUUCUCCCUCAUACGUGGUCGACCAGGAGCAAGGCGAUGCGGAGGCGGAUGCUGAAGGCCAGAGCGGUGAUGAGACCCCUGGAGAUGUAGGAGAGGGUGUUGAAGAGGAGCAUGAUAUCGAGGGUGAUGAAGCUGGCUCUGACCACGCGGAGGCCCAGGACGAGCAGUCUACCGAUGAGUCUGAUGAUGACCGGGGCGAGUUACCAACGUCAUAUGUUGGUGUGCUGGACCUGACUGUCGAUAACCUCCUUGCGAGGCUCCGCCAGGAACUUAUUGAUGACCUUGGGCCACAGGAUGAACUAGUUCUUCAGGUGGAUGAGCUGGGCUUGGAGUAUGCAGAGUCCACGCAUCGAGAACAUCUCUCCGGCGUCACGUUCAGGCAGCUCCACGAGAUUUUUGACCAGUUGGCGAAGAAUCAGGACCCUGAUGUCAGCCGGGUCCUGUACACAAAUCUCCUAAUCCGACCUCACCCCGCUAAGCGUCUAGAACUUUUGAUCGAUGAGGCUUUCAAUGGAAAAGGCCUAGAUGAGAUCAUCUAUUGCUUCCAACCUAACUCUCAAGGACAUGCUACGCACGAUGCGGGAAAUACCAACAUGAUUAUUGACAGUAGCGAUGAGGAUGGUGGCGAGGACGGUGAGGACGAUGUCGAGGCUGAGGCCGAGGCUGAGGAGGAGGAGGAAGAAGAGGAAGAGGAAGAGGAGGAAGAAGCUUCGCCUGACGACGAAAUGGUUUCUCAGCAAGAGAUUGAUGACGAGAGCGAGAACGAACUAGAUCAAUCUGCGGAGACUGAUGCUGCCGAUCUAGACCAAGAUCAGUACUACGACGAGGGUAGCGAAGAUGCAGACGAGAUCGAAGGAGUGGAAAUCGACACAGCCGAAGUUGUGGAAGUUCGAGAGGAACAACAAGCUGCCCCCGAGGACGAUGGCGCUGCAGAUGGGUUGAUCUCCGUCGAGGUGGACGGCGUGAUUGAGGUAGCAACACCACAAGAACCGACCUACGAUGAGCUUGCAACUGAACAGCCCGGGGAGGAAGCUCUGGAUUCCGGGUUCGAUUUUAUUGAGAUGAUUGAUGAUGAUGAGGAAGAUCGUGACAUCCUUGAGAUAGAACAAGAAAACCCAACUGGCAGCAGUGCGACGGCCACACUCGAUGGCCGAACAGAGAAUGAAAUCGACUAUGAGGACAACAACGAAGACCCCGUGGAGGAAAAUGGUGACCCGAGCCUCGGGAUUGACGAAGCUACAGUUGAUGGUGGCCAGCUUGAUGAGAUAGAUUGGCGCGAUUUCCCUGAAGAGCCUUCCACCAACGAUUUGAAGGAGACGAUGAGCACCUCAGGGAAACGACCUCACGCCGAGGUGAAUGACGGAGAAGAGUUUGACUUGGAUGAAGGGAUUGAUGUCAAGCGUCGUCGAUCUUAA